AGCUUAUAAAAGCGGCUACCGAGUCCUAGGCUCAGCUCAGUCUGUCUCAAAGUGGUUUCUCAUCAGCAUCAUGGGUUAUUGGGGUCUCUUGGCUUUUUUGGCUUUGGGCCUUUGCUCUACUGUUCAGUCUUCUUUGGUGAAAUGCUCGUGUGAUCCUGGUGCCAAGGGCGAGCGAGGACCUCCUGGGCCGCCCGGUCCUCCUGGUGGCUAUUGGGGCUAUCCGCCCAUGGGUCCUUAUCCUCCAAAUCUGCCCAUUAUCCCGGGACCUAGAGGCUUACCCGGUCCACCGGGUCCUCCUGGAUAUUGUUUUCCCUGUCCAGCGGUGCCACCUGUGGUUCCACCUGUGGUUCCACCUGUGGUCCCACCUGUGGUUCCACCUGUGCUUCCACCUGGAGUGCCCGUUCCACCGUUCAUUUCCACCCAAGCAGUUCCUGGUGGAGGAGCAUCCGCCUUGACCACUGCCGUGGGCAACAUUAUAGUCAUUCCCGGAGGAACUGGAACAGGACUAACUGGUCGCGCUCAGUUCUUCCACAUUUCGCCCGAUGGUCAGGUGAUCCAGAUCGAGCGACCGCAGAAUCUGCCCAGUGAACUAUUCGAUUCACCUGCUGGCCAGAGCCCUCAGCCUCAGUCCACUUCCGCAUCUCUGUCGGGGAUCACACCACCCGCUGUGCAAGUGGCACCCACUCAGCCUACGCCCGGAGAACUGGUUGCCCCGCAGACUACAUCGUUGCCGGAAAAUAUAGAAGAAACCGUAUAUGCUGUGGGCAAUCGAAAGGACUUCCUGCGAGGAAGCACCGAUGCCAGCGAUUGGCGGAGGAUUCUCCUCUUGGGCGAGAGACCCCCCGAUGGAUUGCUCACUCCCAAGGGCCACUCCGUCCAGCAGCACAAUCCCAACCAGCUGGAGAACAGCAUGGAGAACUUCCAGAAAGCUCUGGUCGAGCUCAAGGAGAAGUAUGCGACGCUCAUCCAACCGCGCAGUUCCAAUCAAUAUGCAGUCAUCAUUUGAGGAGCAAAGUCGAGAUUGGAGUUGGUUGAAUAUUUAAAUAAAAACUGUACUGAUAAUGUCUAACAAUAAUCUGACUUACCAUUAUUAAAAACGAUUGGUUGUCACGUUUAAUUAUUUAGGUAUCGCUAAUAGUAGUUAAAGUAAACAAAAUCAAAGAUAAAUAAAUUUCGACGGUUUAACAAAAAUAGAAAUACUUAUCAGGGUAUUCCCAUCGGAAUUCCGUAAUGACAAUUAUCAACAAUGAUUAUGCGCAAAAUAUAUUCCACAAUUAUAAAAGAUUCUUUAGAGAACCUAAAUUAAAUGGAUAGUACAAUGA